AUGAACAACGACAAGGAAACCACGGACACUGGACUUCGAUACGCUGCUUAUGCAAACAGAGUGAGAACAAUCUUACUAGCUGCUCAUAGAUAUGUGGCCUAUACUUCUGAUAUUGGAGAAAGUUUCCGACCAGUGGCACAUCCAUACCUGGUGAAGUCCUGCUAUGCUAUCUCAUGGUCCUAUAUCCUGGGAGAUGUGGCUUACGAGGGAUGGAAAGCCAAUUUGAAACAAAAUGGUCAAUAUUCCAGCCAUUUGAAACCAUGGUCGAGUCCAUCUGACUAUCCUGAACCUGAUCCUACUAGUGCCAAGAUUUAUACAGAGAAGCCAGAUUUCCUGGAUUGGAAAGUGUUAAUGGUGAAGCGGGGCCUGUUUCAAAGUAUUGCAUCCAUGGGAUUGCCAGCAUUCACAAUCCAUUCCUCGGUGAGAUACUCUAGUUAUAUAUUCAAGAAUUCCAAGAUUCACGCUUUGAGGACGUAUGGUCCUGUUGGGAUAGGUUUGGCAGUGGUUCCUCUGCUACCUUAUUUAUUUGAUGAGCCUGUUGAACAUGCAAUCGAUUACGCAUUUUCUGAAGGGAAGUUGUUACUAGCAUGA